GUCUUGUCUCUCAAACACCACACUGGCGUUUUGAUGCUGAGGUCACUGAAAAGGCUCCGAUCUGGAAAUGACAUGACACCAACGACGAAACCAAACCAGACCAAAGCAAAAGAAACGGGAUGAGCCACAGCCAAAGCCAAAAGCCCAGCCUACAUAAUAACUAGUUAUUACCCCCUCGCCCCCGGUCUCCCUUUAUUUGUUGCAUUCUUCAUUGAUACCCCCCCUUUGAGUCCCUACUUGAAAGUCUCGAUCGAUUCUCUCUACAUUGUCUCAGAGACCUACUAAGUUACUACUACUGCUACUUUGCUAAUCCCCAUCCCACAAUCUCGGCGCAAACCACCACGACAAUCCUAUCCAUUGUUGCAUCGCUACACCCACCCCGACUCCCAAAUAAACUUUAAACACAAACUCUCGUCAAGAUGCAUCGCACAUACUCUAUGCGCCAAACCAGGGCGCCUACUGCGUCGCAAAUCCAAAGCCCUCCACCGCCACCAUCGAGCACUAAGUCAGGUCGAUUCUUCGGCAAGAGCCCAUUCGGUCAUGCUUUACGUGGCAAGGCCGCUGGCGCCUUCGGCCCGGACCUGGCCAAGAAGCUCAGCAUGCUUGUCAAGAUGGAGAAGAACGUGAUGCGCAGUAUGGAACAGGUUGCCAAGGAGCGCAUGGAAGUCGCACAACAACUCUCCAUCUGGGGUGAAGCAGGCGAUGAAGACGUCUCCGAUGUCACCGACAAGCUGGGCGUACUACUCUACGAAAUCGCCGAGCUCGAAGACCAGUACAUCGACCGCUACGACCAGUACCGUGUUACAAUGAAGAGCAUUCGAAACAUCGAGGCAUCAGUUCAACCAAGCAGAGAUCGCAAGCAAAAGAUCACUGAUCAAAUUGCUCAACUCAAGUACAAGGAGCCCAACUCGCCCAAGAUCGUCGUCCUUGAGCAGGAGCUCGUCCGUGCCGAGGCUGAGUCUCUGGUCGCUGAGGCGCAGCUGUCAAACAUCACGCGCGAGAAGGUCAAGGCUGCCUAUACAUACCAGUUCGACGCUCUGCGUGAGCACUGUGAAAAGGUCGCCAUCAUCGCUGGCUACGGAAAGCAUCUCCUCGAGCUUAUUGAUGACACCCCCGUCACUCCCGGUGAGACCCGCGCAGCAUACGACGGAUACGAGGCUAGCAAGGCUAUUAUCCAGGACUGUGAAGAGUCUUUGACAAACUGGGUUAAUUCCAACGCUGCCGUGUCCUCCAAGUUGUCUACUCGAGCCCGCACGCUAUCCACAAGACGUCGCAACAACAUCAAGGCUCGCUCCGAGGGACUCGACCUGUCUGGCCAGGACGCUCCCCUGAACGACCGUGAUUCCUGGGUCGCCGCGGGCGAGCACAAGGGCCACGAGUACGAUGAUGAGGAUGAUGAAGUAAACUCUGCCCUUGACAGCGAUGGCGGUCUUAAUGGUGAGCAUCAUCGCGGGCGGUCCGAGGUUGUCGCAUAGAUUCUCACACACGCAGGAGUAUCGGACGAGCACGAUACAAGCAGUGGACGCCGGGUGGUAUUGGCUAAUUCUGAUGAAAACGAUACCAAUGAAGCCGGGACAGGUCUAGGUGGGAUUCCUAGCCGUCACCGACCGCAUCAGGUAUAGACCGUUGUAGCUGCAUGACUACCUAAUGGGAGGUCAUGAUCAGCCUCGAUAAUGAAUUAUAUGGUUUGAAAUGAUAUCCGGAAGGGGCUGGAGGAGUUCGGCUCUGUUGACCCUUCUGUUCGGCAACAGCUACUUUAUGUAUCUCUAUUCGAGAAUAAAAUAAUGAUAUUGUAACAAUACUUCGGAUAAUAGCUU